AUGUUAAAGAAACAACCAAGUUAUGGGAUUGGGGUCGUUGCUUGUUGGGGUGUUGCAGUGAAGGGUUUAGGCGGGUCAACGUACAACGUUGUUUUGGACAAUAUGAGUGUAUGGAAGAACAUGUACGCGGGUGACCUUCUCCCUGUUCCCGAACCAUCUGACAUAAAUAUAGGGGAAAAUGUAACGAACGUGAAGAUAAUCCCACCGGCGACGCGCCAACAAGCAUGCAGGCGUCGUAAAGUUCGGAUCCCAUCGACAGGGGCAUGGUAA